AAUAACCGCGACGUGACCCUUUUCUGUAGAGAUUUCGCUGCAAACGCUCAGUCGUAGCUCAGCUGAGAGUUGAAAAUCUGACUGAAAAAUAAAAUAAAAAGGUUAAUAAAAAAGAAAAAAAAAAAAAAAGAUUAGCUAUGACGAAACAAAACAAAAAUAAAAUAGACCGGUUCUGUUAUUUGCCACCGCCGGUGGUAACGCCUUCUAGGAAAUCGCAUCAUCUGUGACGUCACCUUCGGAAAAACGUCACCUCCCACAUUUUCCGAAGCAGAUUCGCCGAAGUGACGUAUUAGGAAAUCCUCGGUUUCCGGCGGCCGUGAGUGGUGAGUCAGUGAAUUGCCUGUGUCCAAUGAGAGUGCCGGAAGUACUCUGCCCGGCAGAAUGCAACUUCUCGCUGUUUAAUUGAGAAAACUCUGGUCAGUUGAGGAAAAAGUUUCGCGGCGGAAAGCUCACGUAGAUAAGAGGACUUCGAGUGCUUCUUCCACUUUUUUUUCAAGUUGUUGCCAUUCAUACAGUAGUAAUCAUGCUGCCGUUUGAGACGACAAACAUCUUCGAACAACUACCCAGGUUUGUUUUUAAGAUGCCUAGGGUGGUGCCGGACCAAGAAAGUAAAUUCCAGUCCGACGAACUCUUUAGAAGGCUAUGCAGGGAAAGUGAGGUCCGUUAUACAGGCUUCAGAGAUCGGCCAUUAGAAGAACGCCAAAUGCGGUUCCAAAAUGCCUGCCGAGAAGGACAUACAGAAGUCGCUUUCAUUGCAACGGGAACCAAUUUGCAACUCGUUUUCAGUCCUUGUGCCAACGGUUACAGCGAAGGUUGUGAUUUCAACAAAGAACAAGGAAAGGUUCAUAUCAAGUCAUGUUUCAUCAUGAAUGGAGUUUGCGUAAGGUGGAGGGGCUGGCUCGACCUUGAGAGGCUCGACGGUGUAGGCUGCUUGGAAUACGACGAAGAAAGGGCACAGAUCGAAGACACUUUGCUUCGAGAACAGAUCGAGAGGUACAACCAGCGUCUGCGAGAUUUCGAAGAAAAGCAAAGGGUGUUCCGAGCACAGCACGAGAGGCACGUCGAAGCAGAAGUGGAGGUAAGAACCUCAAGGCUCGGAAAAAACAGAGUGAGUUAAGCCCGGAUCGUGCCGGAUCUGCCAGCAACUGAAUUCCUUUGUUUCAUGCAUUCACCUCAUCUUUCCGGUGUUCAAGAUAUUGUUAUUUUCCAAAUGACUUUUGAAAGUGCCGGAGCUCAACACUACAAGCCAUUGGUUGUAGUUGAGCCUGUCUUCUUUUACCAAGGCAGAGAAUUACUGUAGUUCUGGAAAGGUGCCUCUUUGCGUUUCAUUUGCUGGCAGAUAACUAACUGCUGACAGGCACCUUUAAGAAACCAAACCGUAUGUGAUUUGGAAUGGGCAUUUUUCGUGUGUAAUUUAUUUCCAUCUUCAGAUGCAUCCAUUUCUUGUUGGGUUCAAGGUCCUUAGACGUGAAUCAUGCAAUGUCUCAAUUUCGACGGUUAUGUCCCGUUUCAGACUUUCCCAUUUGAGGCUUUCUUAAAAAUCGUGCCGUUUCAGACCGGAGUGCCCAAAAGCGAUUCCCAUUUCAGCCUUUUCAUCCAGGAUUAAUGCAAAAUCCGGAAAGCGCGAUAGGAGAUCACGUGACUGUAAUGUAUAUAUAAAGUGAUGUCAUGAUGUUUCUUCUCUCUUUAAUUUUUAAACGCUGCAAACAUAAAACAUUAAUGACAUCUGUGAUUAUACGUAUUAUAGAUGCUUUUAAAAUUUGGAUGCGAUAUAGUAUUUUGCUGAGAAAUAAUUCUAAGCCUUGAAAAUUAGAAUAAAAACUAAAUUAAACUCAAUGGAGUAACAGCCCUAGUGGGUCGUGGGUGCUCCGAUAUCUGAUAAGGGAGACGAACAAACGAUCCGGAUUUCAUAAGCUGGAACGUAAAUAAUAGAAGUAAGGUGCAGGAGUGAACGCCCUGACCAAGUGAUCAGCUUGUCGCAGGAGCCGGUGUUUAGUCUCCAAGAUAACUUGCGACUCAUUUUAUCGACUCACUCAAAGGAAUCAACCUAGCUGAGUCCGGGGAUUGAACCUCGAACCUGUGGUGCUGGUGCGCAACGAGCUAGCCGUUGAGCCACCGGGCCUUGAAAAUUAAAAUAUGGAAAGUAAAAAAAUCACAUCUAAGCAGAAAAGGGAAAACUUUUGAGGACCUGGCUAGCAUUAAAUCUGGGAAAAAAUAAAUAUAAUGUUUUAAAAAAGUCAUUAAAUUCUCGAGCGGUAUUGCUACUAUCAUAGCUUUGAAUAAAGCAGUUUUAUUAUUUUAUAAACUUUUGAAAAUGAGAUUUUGAUUGUGGAAAAUAAUGUUAAACCCUAUAAAAGGGAAAUGCAUUUUUACGAUCGUCUGCCUAACAGAAGUAAGGCAAUGAAGCGAAUUAUUAGUUUUUUAAUUUUUUUUAAUUUGAUUUGUUUUGGUUUCCUUAAAAUACGUCUUCUUUAUGCGCCUAAAUUCCUCUCAUCAACUGUAAUGAAAGAUUAAAAAUACAAAGGCUGAAAUGGUGUGAUAUAUGUUGCCACUAUCAGAAAGCCUAAACAGUCAAGUCCGAAACUGGAUAUCAUGUUUUCUGGAGCCCCAUUUAAUGUCGACGUUUUUUAAAGACUCUAACUGUUUACCUUGAGACUUUAAGACUGUUAUCUUGUAAACUACUUGGGGAUUGGAAGAAAUUUAAGUGCAUAUGUUUAUUGUUGAAAUACAACCUAGAUGAAUCUUUUGAGAUUUUUCACUAUUUUUAUUUUUAUUACAACGUUUGAAGCUGGCGAAUUCUGAGUUGUAAGGAAAUUACUUUUCUCUUGACAUUUUAUUAUAUAUUCAUGAUUGUCCUCAUGCUUAUGUAUACCUAAAGAUAUCACGUGACAUUGCACUUAACAUGAUCGUUAAGCUGUCCUAUUCUUCACAUUAAAUACUCCAAUGAUCACUUUUAUAUGAUGGUGUGUUUCAGGUAUGCUAAUGCAGCAGAAGAUAAAAUCGAUAUUCUAAUCACAUAGCAUCAUCCUAAAGCAUAUUGAUUAAGGUUAUUACAUUUGUUUAUUCGUAACUGCAACCUGCCGUCACUGUAAUUUGUGAUGUGUUUCCUCGUGUUAUUUUCCCCAAUUUUUUAGUGAAUUUUAUCGUCCGUAAAUAGAGGAGAAUUAUGAGAGUAAUUUAAUUUGCUGAGAAACACGGUUACAGCAAGAACGUAACAAAUGAAAAGUAAACUACAUGGAUAAACUACGUUUAACUAUUAUGAUAUAAUUUAUUUAAAAAUAUAUAUAUUCCAGUAAGAAUACAUUAAAAUUAGCCAAUAAGAAUACAUUAGCAGUACAGUAUAGAGGUAUGCUGGGCAGCUAUCCGAUGUUAAUUGGGCUGUCUAUCUCAAUUACCUUUUAAAGCCUUAGUAGUAACCUCACAUAACCUCUGUUCCCAAGAAAGACAUCCCAGGAAGGGAGACGAGCAAAUGACCCGGAUUUCUUAAGCUCGAUCACGUCAGCAAUAGAUAAGUCUGUAAUGAGCUGGAAAGUAAAUAAUAGAAGUAAGGUGAGCCCACAUAUUUGGAUUGUUUCUGAAAUGGGAGAACACGCUGCACGUCCGAAUAGUUUAACAAACGAAGAAUCUGCACAGAACACAUUUUAAAUAAUAAAUGCAAAGCAAAAUAAAAUGGAUGAGUUCCUAAUACAAAAAUGCAAUUACAAAUGGAAAUAAAAGUAAUUAAGGGUUAUUAAAUUUACCAAUAAAGUAGCUCUGAAUAAACUAUGUACAAUAGAGGAAAGGGUGAAUUAUGCGAAUUGUUUUAAAAUUUACGGAAUGCAGUGCUAAAAAGCUAGGAGUGAAUACACGAGGAAAUAGCAGUAGUUAAUUGUCGACAGGAAAGUCGUAAGCAUCUUUUAACUUCCUUCGUUUUAUAUUUAUUUUUGAUCUUACAUAUAUAGAGCAAUGUUUCCUUGAUUUGAUUUAUUCUUUUAAAUUGUGAAUACACGCAAUUUCUUUUAGAAGAAGUUAUGCUGUUAAUGUUUUUAAUUCAUACUUUUGAAUGAUAACAAAACUGAAGGAAGCAAUGGUAACAAUUUCUGAUCGAAUAUUUGUGAAAUUACAUUGUCUAUUUCUGUUUAAGAAUAUUUACUAUUUAAUCAAGAGAUAUUUAUUCUGAAAUUAAUGAUUAAUGUAAGCAAAAAUGUAUUAUAUUGCAAAAAAUUAUUAUGUUAUUUAUUUGAACCUAGCGUGUUUACAUAAUUCAUAGCAUUGUUUUGAUGAAGAUUAUUUUCAACUAAGAUUUUUAAUUGAAAAAAAAUUCAUACUAUUUUCUUGCAAUAUAAAGAUAUAAUUUUAAAGUUUUUAUGACAUUCGUCUAUUUUAUUGCAUUGUUUUGAUAGAGGUUGUUCUCAAUGCCUUUUUUAUGCAAUGCACUCUCGAUUGUCGACGUGGUAUACGAGUCGACCAAUCAGAGCGAAAGCUCAAAACUGUAGACGCAUUCACGCAUGCGCAAAUUUAGCUCUCUAAUUGGCUACCCCUUUGUCUCUCAGGUGUGAACGCAUUUUAUGCCUUUAUGACAUUUAUACCACCGUCGAAACAGAGUCUUAGGCUGUGUUCAGACGGCGGCGUAAAAGGCAUAGAAGCGUAGUAUAAGACAUGGGAAUUCCGUUCAAACUUGCGAGAACGGGGUUUAAGCCGUGGCCAAUGAGAGAAGCUAAAUUUGCGCAUGCGUGGAUGUGUCUACAACUUUCCCGCGCUGUUCUCCUGCUCGAUUGAUGUCUCGCGUUCGCUUUGCUAGCUUUGUGACAGCGAAAUCUUCUGUAGAACGCCGCUUCGUUUUAGCUUCGCUCUGAUUGGUCGACACUUAUCCCAAACUCGGCGUAAAGUUGAAAACUUUGAACCCUAUGCCAAGAGCCCAAACCAGAUUUUGUGACGUAGCACAGACUGGUUGCCUUGGCAACGGAGCUCGGCUUUAACCACUUAUGCCCUUUACGCCCUCGUCUGAACGCAGCUUUAGGCUUCGCUCAGACGGUAGUGUAAAUGGGAUAACUGGUUUAAGCUAAGCUCCGUUGCUAGGUAAUCCGACCUUGCCAGAAAAACUGGUUUAGGGGUUUUGGCAUAAAGUUCGAAGUUUUCAACCUUAUUUCAAUUUUGUAUAAGAGUAGUGCAACCACAGCGAAAGCUGUAGACACAUCCACGCAUGCGCAAGUUUAGCUUCUCUAAUUGGUUACGCCUUAGACCCAGUCUCGCAGGUGUGAACGAAAUUCCCGUAUUUCAUGCCUUCUGACUAUCUUUCUAUGACAUUUAUACCACCGUCUAAAGCAUGUCUUAAAACCCUCAGAAAUGCGUCUUUAGGUUUAGCUUCAACUAUUACCUCGCACAAUUAGUUCUACAUGUUUAAGGCAUAGUUUCCGUUGAUCAUUAAGUAUAUUCGUGCAUAUUUUUUUAUUCUUUCAAAAGCUGAUUUAAACUUUGAAAACUCAAUUAAUAAUAAAACCCGUUACAAUCGUUUUACAUGUCACAAGAACAGAGGAAGCAGAGAGUGAUAUUGAAAAUACAAGCGAAGACGAUAUUGGAUAAUUACAUUUAGUUCCGACACAGCAAUGACUUCUACUGAUACUCUGUCGGCCAAAAGCUGUUCGAAUAGUGAUAGAAUAUCACUUUGAAAUAUCCACAGUGAAAUUUGACAGAUAUUUAAAUGUUCUAAAAAAAAAGUAAAAUUUCCGCUUUUUUUAAGAUAUAAAUAACACAACAUGAAAUGGAUAAAAUAUACAAACAAAACUGAUGAUUUGGAUUAUCCGCAUUUUUCAGUUAUCUGUGCUGUCUGGCGUUAACCAGGUUUUGAUAAUUGCCCGUUUUUCUAAUUUUGUAUUUCCUUAAUUUUACCUUCAAUAUUUAACAAUAUUUGAUAAGGAUAUCUUUCUGCUUAGCAUUCCUUGAAGAAAUCCACUGGACAAUUAAAAUUCUUCGCCAUUUUAUUGCAAGGAGAAUUUUAUUUACAGCUAUUCACAAUUCAUUUGCUUACAGAAGAACAUUCUUCAUUUUUUUAUCGUUGCCACUACAUCUCAAUCAAAAAAUCCGCAAAGCGGUAACAAAACAAGAAACAUAAGAUAAAAAGUGUGUCUUUUCGUGGCCAGCCAACAUAAAACUGUAGCAUCUGACUAAACGAGAGUGCAUUGUAAUUGAAUUAUCGAAGCAGAUGAUAUAAUUUCAAUAUUUCUAUUACAUUUUUCUAUUUUAUUUCCUAAAAAUUUUCAAUUAAUAUGUGGUACUUCUUUUGCAAUUUUUAAUGGUUUAAGUUGUCAUAGUAUACAUCAUAAGCAUGAAGUCACCAUUUUUAUUGAUAGAUUCUCUUAGAAUAUAUACUACUUGUAAUAUAAAGAUAGUAUUUAUUCCAAUGGUCUCAAACUGCCUGCGGGUCGUAUGCAUGAUAUGAAAAGAGCUGACGUAUGCAUGAUAUGAAAAAAAGCAGAA